ACUUGUAAUGAGCUAGAGUUGCCCUUUCUGAAAUCAUAUGAUCAUGACGUUGAGUUAUUAUUUUUUUCUUCUUUUCAGGAAUGAUAAACAAGAUAUUUGAAUUCGACAAGGGUACGAGUUUCUUGGUAUUAUUUGGUCUUCCUGGAUUUAAACACGAACACGAAGCAUGCCAUGCGGUACAGUGUGCAGGGCAAAUAAAAGAUGUUGUCAGUGCAAUGAUUGAAGUCAAACAAAUCUCUAUCGGAGUAACUACUGGGAAGGUGUUCUGUGGAGUCGUGGGGCACAACGAGAGACACGAGUACACAGUGAUCGGUCCUAAAGUGAACAUGGCGGCUCGUCUGAUGAUGCAUUACAUCGGCAAGGUCACGUGUGAUGAGGUUACAAAGAAACGAUCAAGAAAUGACUCCAGAGGAUUCGUUAGGGUCGCCAACAAGGAACUCAAAGGGAUUGAUGACCCGGGCAUGGUGUGGGAGUAUACAGGAGCAGGGAAUGUUGACAAUUCCAUACCGGAGUAUGGAUACCCUUUGUUGUCAUACGUGGAGGAAUUUGAGCAGUGUUGGAAGUCACUAUGGAGGAUGUCAUCAUUAGCUACCAAUCCAUCGGGUACCAUCCAGCAGCCAGCUAGGUUUAUAGUCAUUGGGGGCGACCCCGGAGUCGGAAAGACCAGACUACUACGAUCAGUUAUGGAUACCGCCAAGGGAAUGAAUAUGGCAGUAUACACCUGUCGACCUAGCGUGGGUCAGUCGAGCACCCCCUAUCAUACCAUCUGCUCUAUCGUGCUCCAGCUCCUUGAUCUCCAGGAUAUCGGGAGCCCCCAGGAGAGGGAGCAUCGGCUCCAGGAGCGCUUCGAAGACACGGAGCUUUUCUGGCAUCUAUGUCUUCUCAAUGACUUACUUGGAAUCCAGAUCCCCGUAACGGACGAGAUCGCCGAUCUAUCUCAACGGGAGCGUACUCAAGCCCGUCACGCCGUGCUGGCAUACAUCGUAUCUGAGGCGAGGAACAGAGAGAGUGCAGGAACACUCAUCGCUAUAGAUGACGCUCAUUACAUCGACCAGGAUUCCUGGACAUACCUAGAGGCACUGCCAUCCAAACACUGUCUGGUUGCUCUAGCGAUGGGAAGCUUCAGACGUGAUGCGGAGGUUCCUAUCGCAGCCUCUAGGAUCCUUCAAGCCAGGAGCACACUCCAUACCAAGCUCCAGGGUCUGGAGCCACAGUGCAUGGAGCCAUUACUCUGCCAGCUCCUAGAGAUGGUUAGCGUUCCAAGGGAGCUCUCUAUCAUGCUUGCAUCACAUCAGUCCAAUCGUAUCAACCCCUCCUGGGUAAACCAGUGUGUAAACAACAUGCUACAUCAUCAGCAGCUAGAGCUUCAUACCGAAGGAGAGAAAACAGUUUGUCGGGUAGCUAAGGGUGUCAGACUUAUGGAGUUAGAUAUACCACCAUCACUUAGAGGCUGCAUGAUAGCGUUCAUCGACCGUCUCCCUGAGCUACAACGGACAACAGUCAAGAUCAUAUCCGUGGUCGGAACGUCAUUCACAGCAGACAUCAUCGCCCAUCUCAUGCCCAACGUCGUUCAGGAGAAGAUCAAUCCCACCAUCGGCUCACUCCAGUCGGCAGGUAUCCUCGUCUUCGGGAGCGGUGGAGCGUUGCCAACCAACUCGACGACGUCAAUGAAGGCGGGAUCGCUGAGGUUCCAAUCCGUGACGCUCCAGGAGACUGCUUAUGCCCUCCUGCUGGAGAAACAGAGACGGAAGCUGCAUGAGAGGUACGCUACGUACCUGGAGGAGCAUCAUCUAUCUGGUAGGAAGGGAGAGACCAGUGCUACAGGUGGUGGUGGUGGUGGUGGUUUAGUAUCCCCAGCUGGUAUCAGGAAACUCCUAGGAAUGAAACCAGAGUCAAAACAGAAAGAUGGCAACAGUAACAACGUACUGUGUAAGAAUGACGAACAGUCCUUACAGUCAGUAUAUCCACAGCUCGUCACCCAUUGGAAGAAGGCUAAGAACCUACAGAGAGCCAUUCAUUACAUGGUGUACGGAGCAGAGUCGGCCGUGGCACUAGGAUACAACAUGCAGGCGAUCUCUUUCAUCUUCCAAGCCAAGAAGUUAAACCCGUCUCCAAUACAAUACAAACGAUUGGAUGAACUAGCAACCAAGGCUACCGCAAGUCUCCUCUUUACCAAAAGGAGGCGCUCGUCAUCCCCUGGCGGCGCCAAAUUCAAAUGGAGGAACAUGGCUGUCAAGGCAAGAAACUUUGAACGUUCGAAUUCCGUCGAGGAGGAGGAUGAGGAGAACGAUGACAAGGUUGACGUCGGAGGAGAAGGCAUCGUGGAAGUAUCUCUUGAAGAGGAGAUCAUCCCCUCUGAGCGCUACCAGGCGAUCAGGGAAUCCGCGAGAGCCGAACUCGCCGACAAACCACCAUCCACCACCCGUCUAGCAGACGACACCAGACCCUCUCACGAAUGCAACGGGAAUGCAGAUACGCAUGCACACUCCAUGAACAAGAUGGCGGGAAAACUAGCGACGCAUACGACAUAUCGAGUGCCCAAGUAUUAUCUGUAUGCCGCCUGCUCGGUGGUCGUAGCUUUCUGGAUCUAUCUCAUCAUGAAUAGAGCAAUAUCCACAGGAGGAAAAACAACGUGACCAAAAUGACAAUAACUUUGUUCAACUUCAUUAUACAGGCUGAAUGAUUUUAAAGGAAAUGUGUUUAAUUUUGCUGUAAAUAUAAUGUAAAUAUUAAUGCAGGCAAUAUAUCAGUUUGUAUAUAGUUUGUUUUUAUGUAAAUAUAUUUUGAAAUGCAAUCACAUAGUUUGGUUUAUUAUAUAUAUUCUGAUAUUAUUAUCAUGGAAAGUAUGAACUUUCCUACAUCUAUUAUUGAGACAUAUAGACAAUUCAGCAGAAGGGGCACGAUUUGAUUAAUUCAAAUUUGUCACACUAAUAAUCACCCGUAUUCAAAGGUAACUCCGUGAUAUACAUGUAUUUCUUUUUGGUAACACCAACACCCUCAAACUCAAGAAAUGGCUAAUCAAACAGUAUAUAUUCCAAUUUAAAAGAAUACAAUAUCUUUAAUUCACUGAAAAUAUAUUCCGAAAUAUAUAUUGCAGUAUCAAUGGCAACAGUUUUAUUAUUGGACAUAAUUACCAAUGACGUACUUAUUUGCGCUAAUGUGUACUUAAAGGAAAUAGCAUCAUGUACAUGUAUAUAGCAGUAUUCUGAUAGUAAUAUAUUACGAUACAAUAUACUUCCCUCAAAGUAUGUCUUCCACAUGAAGUUUGUCAAUUGAUAUUCAAUGUAAUUCUCUGUAUUCAAUACUGUAAAUUUAAAUGUAAGUACUUUUUGUUUUAAUAAAAAAAAAGUUGCAGUAA